GCCUCCCCAUGGAGUACACACUGCAAGCUUUUAAAACUUUUUGGGACCUGUUCCUCACGUUAUUAUCCCGGAAUCUUGACAGCCCGUCCUACAGCUGAUGACAUUAAUGAACGGAGACUGUGUGAUGCCCGUAUGACGUUUACUUAAACGACAGGAAACGCUCACUUCGGCGUUGGGUUUGUUGUUCCUGCCGCUGCUCCAAACUUCUAUUUCAACUUCAACCAGAAGUUUGCUUUGACUCUGAAGACUGGCUGGUAUGUCAGUGUGUUCCUCGCUCUUCUCCCAGACUGCACUAACAGUACGAUUCGAUGUUUUACAGCUGCGUGCAUGGGGCAUUCCUGUGUGGAGUGUACUGAGGAGAAACUCUACCCUCUCUUCUGGAAAUCUCGUGUUCACUUCCCCUACGUGAUGGGACACACACGCCUUGUAGUCAUCCUCCUCUUUUCCUUCAGCACUUUGGCUUCUGCAGGUCCACUGUCUCGUAGCCCAUGUGAGUUAUUACCUGUGGGUGAAAGUCACCCUGUGCAGGCCCUGCAGAUGAGUUACACAGCUAUAUCAGGCUGCGCGAGCCGUGGAACCACCAGCCUCCCCCAGGAGGUUCACAUCAUCAACCUGCGCAUGAGCAACACCGAGGAACCGAGAGAGAAACCUGAGGUAGUGCUACACCUGCGGCCCAUCCAGUCUCUAUCCGUGCACCAAAAGCCGCUGAUCUUCGUGCUCAACUCGCCCAAGCCAUUCCAGUGGAGGAUUCAUGCAGAUAACCUGGCUCCUGGAAUUAAAAGGAUCUUCCACGUGUCAAAUGGCUCUGUUGUGCAGUUUGACGAUGGAAAUCUUUCGCUCUCUUGUGAGGUGCGCACAGAGACGUUACCACAUGGAAAUGAGCACCUGAUGUCUUGGGCUAAAAGCCUGUACCGUGCCAUCACGUCCUUUACUGAGCUCAAGAUGACCCAUGACAUCUACAUCAAAGUGGGAGAAGACCCUGUAUUUUCUGAUACCUGCAAACUCGACAACAAGUUCCUGUCUCUGAACUACCUGGGGAGUUAUGUCCAGCCUCAGGCAUCCAUAGGAUGUGUCCUCUCUGGUCCAGAUGUCGCUCAAGAGGUACACAUUAUCGAGCUGCAGGCCCCAAACUCCAGCAGUGCGUUGCAGGUGGAUGUGACGGUGGAUUUGAGGCCAAUGGAUCCAGAAAUCCGUCUGCACCGUGACAUUGUGUUACUCCUCAGAUGUGAAAAGUCUGUGAAUUGGGUGAUCAAGGCCCACAAUAUCAUCGGCAGACUGCACAUAGUGACGUCAGACAGUGUUAGCCUGAAUGCAAGCACGGAGCGACUGAUGCAGGUGUCAAAGGCGGUGAAGCAGAAGCUGCCUGCAGGAGCUCAGUCUCUGAUCCUGUGGGCUGAGGAGAACAACUACGGCCCCGUCACUUCCUACACCAGCACAACCGUGGCCAACAUCUUCUACCUGCGUGUUAGAGAAGCAGAAGUGGUGGAUCCUUUAGAGAGCUUCUUUCCACCAGAGCUCUCUAUCCUGCAAAACGUUGAUUCUCGCGAACACACCCGUCCCGACCUGCCCUUCUUCUUUCCCCCGGAGGCAGACCAGAACCCAUCCUUCCCUUUCCCACCUGCUCUGGAGGAGCAGGCGUGGUCACGUCAGGGUCCCGAGGAGCAGCGUGGAGCUCUGAGUGGGAUUCUCAGCGUGCAGUGUGAGGAGAGCAGGAUGGUGGUCAGCAUUGACAAGGAGAGCCUGCAGGCAGCAGGUAUAAGUAAAGCCAACAUAACCCUGCAGGACCCACAAUGCAAAGCAACAUCUAACUCCACCCACUACAUCCUGGAGACUCCACUGACUGGCUGUCAAACCACUAAAUACCCCCUGCACCACCCCAGCCCAAUGGUCCUCUACAUCAAUUCAAUUGUGAUCAGACAGUCGGACAGCAGGGACGGCAGUGGCUGGCCAUCGGAUGAUGAAGACCUGGAGUCGGGAGAUGUGCAGCUCUCAGAGAGAACAUCAUCUGGACACCGUUCUACCAUCUUGUUUAACUGCACGUACCAUAAGGCUCAAGAUGCUCGUCCUCACUUUCCCUGGUCUCAACUAGAAGUUCAACAUGAGACUGUGGAAAACGUGACCUUCAGCAUGGAACUGUACAACACGAGCCUGUUCCACCACCCACAACCUCCCUCCUUCAUUCAGGUCAUGGACAACAAGCCCAUUUUUGUGGAGAUCUCAGCCACUAAAGCAGACCUGGAUCUGAGCUUCAUGAUUCAGACGUGCUUCAUCUCUACAAACUCUAAUCAUGAGGUGCCGUCUGAUUACGUCCUCAUUGAGAACAUCUGUCCUAGGGAUGAGUCUGUCCGCUACUACCAUCAGAAACUGGACAGAAAGCGCUUCAGCUUUGACUUCAGGUCAAAGUUCACUGUACCUUUGCUGUUCCUGCACUGUGAGAUGUCCGUCUGCUCUAAGAGACACAACAUGCAUUCGGGACUGCCAGAGUGCAUGCAUCCUAACGAGGCUUGCACAUCUGUCAGUGGGGAUACCAUCAUCAAAAUGAUGAUGAACAGCAAAACCUCCACAAGACCACUGGUGGUCAUCAGUGAUGAAGGCAUAAGUAAAGGUGAUUAUGAUGAAAAAAUGCCUGAGUCCAUAACCCACAAGCCUCCAGGUGGCAGUUCCAGUUCUCUCGUACUGGACACUCCGACUGUGGUGGGCAUCGCCUUUGCAGCCUUUGUCAUAGGAGCUCUCCUUACAGGAGCACUUUGGUUCAUCUAUUCACACACAGAUGAUUCAGCAGUGAGGCAAAAUGUGCCAAGGUCUCCUCCUGUCUCAGAGAACAGCAGUGCAGCUCAUAGUAUCGGCAGCACUCAGAGCACACCAUGCUCCAGCAGCAGUAAUGCAUAGAAUACACACACACACACACACACACACACACACACACACACACACACACACACACACACACACACACACACCUCGCAGGCCUGGCAGGUCACCACAUGGGGCUCCAAUCGCAGACAUUUUUCUUCAACAUCAUCAGUCUUGAAUGCUUUCUGAAAGUAAAGCACUGAAAGAGUUUUGUAGAACAUCACAGCUUGUAACUGGCUCAGUUUUCAUCCUAAAAUAGUCGGGAAUGUGGAAAAGGUGAAGAAACAAAGCUUUGACAAAAUGGGGAUGAAAAACGGCGGUGAGGAACCAGGCAUGAAAAACCCCCUACACCAGCACUUUAAUUUUUGCCAUAUAUGGUUGGAAACGUCUGUUGAUAACAAAGCUUGUUUACUGCAGUCAGUCUUACGGUGUGGAAGCAUCUGGAAUAUGACAGAAUUGGAUGCUGAGUGUGUGGUUGCACAAUGUUUGGUGUGCCAAAGCAAGCGCAGUUCAUUUCAUGCAAGAUUUCAGCCAGUUCAUAAUUAAUACAAUGUCUGUCUGGUUUCAGAGCAAAAAAUAAUCCUGAAAGGAAAAAACUAGACCACAUAUUUGACACAAACUACUGCAUUUUACUGCGUUUACUAGACAUUUAUAUUCCAUGUUCCAGUGGAAAAAGCUCUCAAGAUUUUAUUUUAUAUUCCACAGGCUGUGUUUCUUCUGUAAGACUUAUUAGUACUACCAUAAAACCAUUUUAUAUAUAUUUUAUAUAUAUAUAUAUAUAUAUAUAUAUAUAUAUAUAAGUAUGGUCAUGUUAUUACACAACAGGCCCAAAAUGCAUUAACCUAUUAUAAUAAAUACUAGAUCAGGGGAUUAAAAAAAUGUAAAUAGCAAUGACAUUGCGUUUUCCAUGUGGAAUAGCCUUUUACGUGACAUAAACAUAACAUAAACUGUUUUUUGGGGAUAGUAUGGGGGUUAGUAUUGGGAGAAAUUAGCAAUGCUAAGAGGCUUUACCUUAUCACUUUUGAGACUAAGCCAAUAUUCUACGAGCAACCUGUCAAUAAUAGGAGAAACUCUUAUAUUUUAGGUCUUAUUUUGUCCUUUAGUGUAAAUGUCUUGAUAGAGGUUUUAUCAGAUAAUACAAUUUAUAUGUGGAUGUAUUGUAAAAAUAUAUAAAUAUAUUUUUGUAUAUAUAAUUUCUAUAAACAAUUUAUAAUGAAAAUUAUAUUAUACAAUUAUUUUAUUCUGAAGCAAUCUAAAGUUUAAGCCAAGCUUAUCACUUAUUUUAAUGUGUUUCUAAUAUAAGAAUAGUAUAUAGAUGAUUCCUAAAUAAGAAAUCAUUUAAAAAGGUAUUUAUUUAUUGAUGCAAAUGUGCAACAGCUGUAUACAAUGAUUUGGCUUAAACAACAGAGCAUUUUUUUUUUUU